CCGCGAAACGUUCAGUUCAGUUUGAUUUUAAGGUUGAGUGAGUGCGUCGGACUGUGGCAUCGUUACAUGUUGAUCACCACAAACAAACUCUGAAUUUCGUGUUCGGUGAACAGAAUACAGUUGAAACAUGUGCGACCAAAGCGCGGCAUCGACGCAAAGCAUCGCGGACUACCUGGCCCAGCUACUAAAAGACAGGAAGCAGUUGGCGGCGUUCCCCAAUGUUUUCAUCCACGUCGAACGACUCUUGGACGAAGAAAUAGCAAAAGUGAGGGCUAGCCUAUUUCAAAUAAAUGGAGUUAAGAAAGAGCCCUUAAUCCUGCCCGAUCCUGAUGGUCCUGUUACGACGCUGACGGAGAAAGUAUACGUACCAGUAAAGGAACAUCCAGACUUCAACUUCGUGGGGAGGAUCCUGGGACCGAGGGGAAUGACUGCCAAACAGCUCGAGCAGGAGACCGGCUGCAAGAUAAUGGUCAGAGGGAAGGGCUCGAUGAGGGACAAAAAGAAGGAGGAUCAGAACAGAGGGAAGCCCAACUGGGAGCACCUGUCAGAUGAACUUCACGUACUAUUGACAGUCGAAGACACAGAGAACAGGGCGCAGGUAAAACUACAAAGGGCCGUCGAAGAAGUUAAGAAACUACUCGUACCUCAAGCCGAUGGAGAAGAUGAACUGAAGAAGAGGCAGUUGAUGGAACUGGCCAUAAUAAACGGAACCUACAGAGAUUCCACCUCUAAGGCAGCAUCAGUAGCAGGGAAUUUUUCGUAUGAAGGCGACGGCAUGGGCCUGACGCUCUCGCUUGUUCCAGCCUGCGACGAGGAGUGGAGGAGGCUAGCCGCCUCCGCGGUGGAGACGCAGCGGCUCCUCUCCCCCGCCAUCCCCGGACUGGCGACGCCGCUGCGCAACCCCCAGGCGCCGUUAGGGGCUCCCCUCAUCCUCUCCCCCAGGAUGUCGGUGCCGACCACGGCCGCCUCCAUCCUGAACGGCUCGGCGCCGCCCGGCUCGCUGCUAUCGCCCGGCGACCCCCACGGCCUCAUCUACACCCCCUACGCGGACUACACGAACUACGCGGCGCUGGCCGCCUCGCCCCUGCUGACGGAGUACGCCACGGCAGACCAUUCCGGUGCGGCGGCUGUAGCUGCGAAGCAGCGAAGGCACCUGGGCCAGAUUAGGGAGCAUCCCUACCAGAGAGCCGGUGCUCUCUCCUAAAUCCCCCCUAAACUGACAAGGCUUUGUGGAGUGCUAACCCCCCCCCGUCACACACCCUGCGCCACUCCGACUAACGAAAUCAGAAGCGCCGGACCACACCCUGAGGGUAGCGGUACGUCUAACAAUUACAUCACUAACCUUAAUUCACUAUGUCAUCGUGCACUGUGUACUAAAGGACGACAGUCGUUCACGUAACCUCAUUUGUUACAUUAACACGUUAACUGCCUGGUAUAUCCCCCAAUAACGCUUAAAAGGCCGUCCGAUUAUUUAUUUUUGGCAGGUCGGUAGCGAGGAAUCCUUUCACACCAAGUUGUAUUGUUUCUUUUAUUUUUAUUUUUUUCAGCGGGACCAGGCAGUUGGCGCGUUAGUUCCAAAGAUGAGACGCAAAUUCGACGCUUCCUAAUACUUACCAGAAUCUCAUGUUUAAUGGACUAACUCGCGUUUCUCGAUCGGAUGCGGGAGCGUCGAGUUUGCCGUCGAAUCUCCUGUAGAUCUUCUGGAUAGCAUUUAUCCACAUUAAAACGUAAUUUACUAAUAUUGUCUAUAAUAUAAAUUUACUUUUCUGUAAAGUACAAACAUUUUGUGAGUGCCAAGAGUUAAUUGUAUUAUCAAAAAAAGCAUAUAAAUAAAUGAAAAAAUAUAUAUAUACGGCAGGGGCCCGCCCGCCAGGAAAAUUUAGUGUUUGGCGCCCCCGGAAGGCGGGGCGUUUUCCGUUCCCGGCGAACUUGUACUUAUUAAAUUUUCCUGGGCGGGGCGCAGGAUCGACCGCAAUAACUUUGCUAAGGUAGGUAUGUAAAGUAAGUGACUUAAAUAUAGAUGUAAUAAUUUAUAUGGAAUUGUGAACAAAAUAUUAUCGAAUAGUUUAUAUAGAAUUGUUUAUAUAUAGAAGUCGUUUAUAUAAUUGUUUUAAAUUUGAUAGCUUUUUACAUGGGUCUGCAGAUUCUUUUGCAAUCUUCUAUUAAGUGAUUCUCGAAGGGGGCUCAACACCAGAUCUGAUACGCGCCGGUGCGUCGGUAAACACACAAAGACGUUCGCCGUGGUUGAAAUUUGUAAUUCUAGUUUGUCGUUGUUUAUCGUAAACGAUGGAAACACGUGAACAGAAACUUAGCUGCGGGCUUAAGAGAUAUCGUUAUUAAUUUUUAUCUGUGUGUAAUUUUCUGCAGCUCAUUUUCUAUUUUCUCUGUUCCAUAAAACUGUGAUUAGUUGUUCUAAAAGGUAUAUCAAACUCGAAACUUUAUUUCGGAAUUCCGCGCAAGAUCUCAAAAUUUCGAAUACAAUCUGUAAAUUCAAAUUUGAACAGAAAUUUCGAGCUUGCACUUUCAAGUACAAGCUUGAAACUAUGAGUGUCGGCUCAACAUUUGCAAAACAAAGAAAUAAGUAACUAAAAAUUGAAAGCUCUGACUUGAAAUCUGCAAUUCAAAUUUGAAAUUUCGAGUUCCAAAACGACGCGUUCACAUUAAGUAUUGUUAGAGUUCGAAAUUUCAAAUUCGUACUUGAAAUUUCAAAUUUGAACUUGGAAUUUUAAGUUCUCGAAAAUUCGAAUUUACACUUGAAAUUUUUAAGAAAUUAUGAGUUUUGCCUAGAAAUUUGGUAAAUAAAGAAAUAAAAAGUAGCUUCAAAUUUCAAACACAAUUACAAUUGUAUACUUGGAAUUUCAGGUUUAUAUUUGAAAUAUUGAGAUACAAAUCAAAACUUUACUUUCAAACUUGAAAUUUCAAAACAAUCCACUCACAUUAAGAAUUGUUGGAUCUCAAAAUUUCAAAUUCGUACUUGAAAUUUCAAAUUUGAACUUGGAAUUUCAAGUUCUCGCUAAUUCGAAUUUACACUUGAAAUUUUUAAGAAAUGAUGAGUUUUGCCUAGAAAUUUGGUAAAUAAAGAAAUAGAAAGUAACUUAUAAUUUCAAACUGACUUAAAAUUUACAAUUGCAUACUUGAACUUCAAGUUUAAACUUGAAAUUUUGAGAUAAGAGUCAAAACUUUACUUUCAAACUUGAAAUUUCUAAUUUUAAAACAUUGCAUUCACAUUAAGAAUUGCUAGAACUCGAAAUUUCAAAUUCGUACUUGAAAUUUCAAAUUUGAACUUGGAAUUUCAAAUUCCAAAAAUUCGAAUUUUCAUUAGAAAUUUUUGAGACUGAGUUUUGCCUAGAAAUUUGGUAAAUAGAAUAGAAUUUAUUGACCAUUUAAUUUAAAAUUUCAAAUUGGUUUGAAAAUAGUCUCAAACUUGAAAUUCCAAAUCCGGAUUCAAAAUUUAACUGUUAAACUUGAAAUUUCAUGUUCAAAUAGCAAACUUUUUGUAGAAAUUCGAUAUUUCCAAUUCAAACUCGUAAUUUCUUUUUUGAUCUCGAAAUUUGGUAUAUAAAGAAAUAUAAAGUUACCCAAUAUUUCAAGCUGCCUUGAACUUUGCGAAUCAAACUUGAAGUUUCAAGCUUCAACUCGAUAUUUCGUGUUAAAAUUAAAAAUUAACUCAAAGUAUUUUAAAAUUUACAAUUGCAUACUUGAAAUUUCAAGUUUAAACUUAAAAUUUUGAAGUAAAAUUCAAAACUUAACUUUGAAACUUGAAAUUUCUAGUUUCAAAACAAUGCGUUCACAUUAAGAACUGUUAGAGCUCGAAAUUGCAAAUUCGUACUUGAAAUUUCAAAUUUGGACUUGAAGUAAAUAAUCAAAACUAAACUUUCAAACUUGAACUUUCUAGUUCCAAAUACUGCGUUCACAUUAAGAAUUGUUAGUGCACGAAAUUUCAAAUUCGUACUUGAAAUUUCAAAUUCGUGCUUGAAAUUUCAAAUUCGUACUUGAAAUUUCAUAUUCGGACUUGGAAUUUCAAGUUUUCGAAAAUUCGAAUUUACACUUGAAUUUUUUAAGAAAUGAUGAGUUUUGUCCAGAAAUUUGGUAAAUAAAGAAAUAGAAAGUAACUUAAAAUUAAAAACUGGCUUGAAAAUAGUCACAAACUUGAAAUUCUGAGUUCGGAUUUAAAAUUUAACUGUUAAACUUGAAAUUUCAUGUCCAAAUAGCACUUUGUAUAGAAAUUCGAGAUUUUGAGAUCGUGUAAUUUCGAGUUUGAGCUCGAAAUUUGGUUUUUAAAGAAAUAAAAAGUCAAACUUGUAUUUUCAAGUUUAAACUCUAAAUUUUAUGUUCAAAUGUGAAAUUUUAGUUCAAAUUCAAGUUUUCGAGGUGAUUCAUCUUCAAAUUCGAAAUUGUGAGUUUAAUUCAUGGACUUUAAGCAUUCGUAGAUUACCGUUAAAUAAUCGAAACGUCCAAGUAUCUUCAUAAAUCCCAUGAAUGAGUGCCUUAAUAAGCUAAGUAUACACGUAGACGACAAUUGUUGUGUGGGAACAGUUCUUUAAUCGUAUUAUUUGUUGCCGCGGUGGUUUGUGUGUUUAUCGGUUUCCGGUACCGACUGACGUUCAAGAAAAAUAUCUACGAAAUAAGUUUUGUUACUAUGAAAAAAAAAAAACUUUCUCGAAUAUUUUCCGUCCGCCGUUUGGGUAUUUUUGCAGUAAUAAUUUUCAAGAGGCAAUAAAUAAGUAGUAGAAAACGAAUACUCUAGUAUAGAUAUUCUUCUAUGCAGUGCAAUAACAGAAAUUUCUGAGCCGAGUGCAAUUUUGUUGAAUUUUUGAAAUCCAUACGAUCCUUUUUUAUUGUUUAAAUGUUGUACUUAGAUUAGAUGAGUAAAAGAUCUGUUUAAUUGCGCCGUAUAUUAAAAUUUGCGAAGGCGUCGCGUUUUAAUUUUGGCGCGCGAUUUUAAUAUACGGCGUCGUUGCUACAAUAACAAAUCAUAUUUAAAAAAAAUGGCAUUAUUCGUUAAAGGUAGCUUGUUUAGCUGUUAAUUUUACGCAAGUAUAAUCUUUAAGUAUAAUUUAUGUGUCAUAUUAAUAAUAUUUAAUGUUAUUAAUUAUUGUUGUACUUUUUUUUUGAAAUCGCCUUUUUGAGUCAACUGGGUUCUUUCAAAAUAGUUGAGAUUAACGGUACAUGUGUAUGUAUUAUUGUGCACAAAUUUAAUGAAUAAAUCUAAUAGUGUUA